AUGAAUGAGUUAUCGGGAUGGUAUGUUGAUGCAUGCGACCAGGGAAUGUAUGUGGAUGGGCCACCUCUUGGGCGGAGAUGUACACGACAAGAAGUGGCGAGCCUCGAAAUUCCGGCGCAGUCCGUAUGGACGCCAGUCCCGGGCGAACAACACAUAUUCUUCGUACGAGCACCGACCACUUCACCGCCUCGCCAUGUAUACAGUAGAACACCGACGGCGGUGCCACUCGAGCGAACAUCCUCGGGCCGCUCUAUAGCCGCUGCUUCCUUCUCAUCGUGGGCUUUGGAUUAUGCGGACGACACCGAUCUUAGCCUUGUAUCCGACGCCGAGGCCGCUCGAUGGGUCGGCGAGUACACGGCCGACUUCUUCCAUAGGUAUCCCGACUCCACAUACGAACGCAUACUGAGAACUUUGAUCACGCCGAGGCCAUCAUCGCCACUCUUUAUAAACGGUGCCCACGAUCCGGACUUUGAGCUCGACGACGCCGUCCUGGCCAGCGUGUUCUCGGCCACCAAUGAGAUGUUCUUUGCUGGUCGCCUAACCAAUCGCGUAUCGUGGGAUUGGUCUGGAACCAGCAUCAGCACAAGUUGCAAGUACGAGACGGACAUAAUCGGUACGACAGCUAUGCGGAAGCGGCCAGCCGGCGGAUACGAGGCGCUAAUCAUUCUGUCCUCCCCGAUACUUAAAGGCACCAACGGCGGCCUAUUCAGCCGCAGGCUACUGAUCUCGACCUUUAUCCACGAGCUCAUUCACUGCUACUUGUUCGUAUGCUGUGGUCAUCGUGCUAGAGAAUGUGGCGGUCAUACUGCUGGCUUCAUCAAGAUUGCGUCUGUCUUAGACGAUUGGGCUGGUCACGGCGUCCUACAUUUGAGGGAGAUGGAGGCUGACCUGGAGAGGUUCAGAACGUCGGCUUCAGCGGCACAAACAGCAUAUAGCAGGAGCAAUUAUUCUGGCCUGCCUCAUCAUGGUCGCUGUUCUGGACAUGGCCUGUCAAGCCGCAGAAGCUUGCAGGGCUGGGACUGUAUUCCGACUGGCGGUGGUCCCCGUGGCUGGGAUGAUUGCGGUCAAGGUUCAGCGAUUCUUGACGACGACUGGAUCCGAUAA